GGCCCGUUUCCCGGCAGCCCCCGCGCGCGGCGUGACGCGGCUUCCGGCGUGUCCCGGGCCGAGGCGGAUCGGGGCUCCCGAGCUUCCGGGCGGGGGGGCCCGGCCGCGGCCGGGGCGGCGCAGGCCCUGAGGAUGACGGAUGGGAUCAUGAGCAAGGCCGCCACCAUGGAGAUCCCCAUCAGCAGCAACGGGGACACGGGCAGCUUGCCGGAGGACGAUGGCUUGGAGCAGGACCUGCAGCAGGUGAUGGUGUCGGGGCCCAACCUCAACGAAACCAGCAUCGUGUCUGGCGGCUAUGGGGGCACGGCUGAAGGCAUCAUCCCCACCAGCACCAUCAAAGCCCCUCCAUUUCCAGGCUGCCUUGUCCAACCUCACCCACCCCGAGGACCAUCCGUCUCCCCCAGUGCAUCUGCCGCCAGCCGGAUGGCCAACCAGGCCGGUGCUUCAGCAGGCUCCGGGCUGCACCAGCCGCACCCCAGCCCAGCUGUCGGAGGGGAGGAAGUUGUCCGUGGCAUCGCCGUGGAGAAGUUUGACAUUGUCAAGAAAUGGGGCAUCAACACGUACAAGUGCACCAAGCAGCUGAUCUCGGAGCGGUUUGGCCGGGGCUCCCGCACCGUGGACCUGGAGCUGGAGACGCAGAUUGAGCUGCUCCGGGAGACAAAGCGCAAGUACGAGUGUGUGCUGCAGCUCGCGCGGGCUCUCACCAACCACUUCUACAGCCUGGUGCAGACGCAGCACGCCCUGGGGGAUGCCUUUGCGGACCUCAGCCAGAAGUCUCCUGAGCUGCAGGAGGAGUUCGGUUACAACGCAGAAACACAGAAACUGCUCUGCAAGAAUGGAGAAACACUACUGGGGGCUGUCAACUUCUUUGUCUCCAGCAUCAACACGCUGGUGAACAAGACCAUGGAGGAUACGCUCAUGACGGUCAAGCAGUACGAGACGGCCAGGCUGGAGUAUGACGCAUACCGCACGGACCUGGAGGAGUUGAGCAUGGGCCCUCGGGACGCCAGCACCCUGUGCCGGCUGGACGCAGCCCAGAGCCAGUUCCAGAGCCACAAGGACAAGUAUGAAAAGCUGCGUGCUGAUGUGGCCAUCAAGCUCAAGUUCUUGGAGGAGAACAAGAUCAAGGUGAUGCACAAGCAGCUCCUCCUCUUCCACAACGCCAUCUCUGCCUACUUCGCUGGGAACCAGCAGCAGUUGGAGCAGACCCUCAAGCAGUUCAACAUCAAGCUGAAGACCCCCGGUGCUGAGAAGCCCUCCUGGCUGGAGGAGCAGUGAGCCGCCCCCGCUGCCCCCCGCCCGCUCUGGCCGUGGGCACCAUGGACUGAACUCUGGCCGCUGGUGCGGGCCGGGCCACAGGGCGAGCGGGGGACGCAGCCUGGGCCCUGCUGCAGCCGGGGGCCACCCACAGGGCGCGGGGGGCUGGCUGGGGGGGAGCAGGGCCCUGGUCCUGCCUGGGGCUGCCCCGGCCCAUGUCCCUCCUUUGGGGCAGAGUCUGGCCCUGCCCGGCUCCUUCGUGCUCCCUUAGACCCCCAGAGCCCUCCCUGCCUCCCGGCACCCCUGUGGGGCAGCGGACACCUCCCUGGCUGGGGCUGGGCACCCUGGGUGGGACAGGACGGGACCCUCGACCGCUCCCUCUGCUUCCCUAGGGCAGGACGGGAGUGCCCCCCCUCCAACACCCCCCCGGAACCUCCCCCCUGCCCGCCCAGCCCAGGAGUACCCCUGCCCUGCAGCACGAGUGUUUGGUUCCAAAUGAGGACGAAGCUAGGGAGGGGCGGCACCGGGCAUCCGGGUGUCCCCCGGGGAGGGCCGAGUCCCCUCCUUGUGCCCGGGAAGGGGGGGGGGGCUGUGGGUUCCCCCCCGCUGUGGCUGGCAGUUGGGGCUCCUGCUUUCUCCCAGCUCUGGGGUUGCUCCAUCUCCCUCCUGGCUGAUCCCUGGUGUUCCCCAGGCAACUGCUCUUGCACUCCCGACCCGGGGGGGGGGGGGGGCCGCCGCACACACCCCCAGCCUCACACUACACUCCCCCACCCACAGGGUGGGCUGUGCCGGCUGCCAACGGGCUGUGGCUGCCCGUCUGUCCCUCUGGGACUGUGCUUGGGGGGGGGGGGGGCCCUCCUGGGGCUGGGGGGUCCCUGCGCUCUGCUGCUGGCAGGGGGUGCCAGCCAGACACGGGGCCUCUCACCCCCACACGUGUGGAGCCUGGACGGCUGCGGGGGCUCAAACCAAGGACCAAACGCUGGCUGUGACCCAGCAGGUGCAUGUGCAUGUCUGGGCGCGUGCGCCGAGGGCACGCGUGCCACGCACAGUGGUGCCGGGGCUUCAGCCAGCGUCCCACACGCGAUGGCUCUGUCCUGCUCCAGCUGAGUGUUGCUUCCAGCCCUGGCACACGCAGCACUUGGGCACUUUCUCCUGAGACAAAAGAGUUUGUUUUUCUUGCUAAUUUAAUUCCCUGGUAAUUUAAUGUCUGGAUCUGACACCCCCCCUUUCCUGGUGACGGUCUGACCCCCUCCUCCCCCCAACUUCUGUAAGACUCCAGAAUAAAACGGUACGGAUCA